AUGGAGUCAAUAUCUCGGAUAACCAGCUUGCUGGAGAGCGCGCGAGAGCUCACCCUCGAUGCAGCUCAAUCGGCUCGAAGCUCACGAAGCUCGACGAGGACCCUACCAGCGGCGCAGAUCAAGAAGCUACUCGACAGUCGAAAUGAUAGAGAGGUCUUAGACGGGUUGAGGAAGGUCAUCUCGAUGAUGUACCGCAAUGCCUCCACCCUCCCCUUCUUCUCUUCAGUCGUGAAGAACGUCGCAUCCCCGAACAUAGAAAUCAAAAAGCUGGUCUACAUCUAUCUCCUCUCGCACGCAGAAUCAGAGCCUGAUCUCGCUCUCCUGUCCAUAAAUACAAUCCAGAAGUCCCUCUCUGAUGGGAACCCCCAAGUACGGGCACUCGCCCUCAAAACCAUGUCCGGUAUCCGGGUGCCGGUUAUAAGUCAAAUCGUAUCCUUAGCAAUCAAGAAGGGACUGGGAGACAUGAGCCCGUAUGUUAGAAAGGCUGCGGCUUUGGCGAUUCCUAAGUGUUAUAAUUUGGAUCCAGGAACUUUACCGCAGUUGUUGGAGUAUAUCAGUACCUUGUUAGGGGAUAAACAGUAUUAUGUUGCUGGGGCUGCAGUCAAGGCGUUUAUGGAUAUCUGCCCUGAGAGGAUUGACUUGGUCCACAAGCAUUACAGAAGUUUGGUGAAGAAGCUGGUUGAUAUGGACGAGUGGAGUCAAUUGGUGACCCUCCGUCUGAUGACUAUCUAUGCUAGAAAAUGCUUUCCCAAACGUACGACCAGAGUCCCGAAAAAAAGCAAUGGUACCAAAGGAUUUUACGGAGACGAAAAUGGCGGAGAUGGCGGAGAAGAAGAGCUGGGAGAAGAAAUCCAAGUUCUGGACCCAGAUCUCGAGCUGCUGCUGAAAAGUAUCAAGCCUCUUUUGCAAAGCCGAAACUCAGCUGUGGUUGUUGCGGUCGCGCGCUGCUAUGUUAGUCUUGGAAACCAGGAAUACAUCAGCCUUUGCAUUGGGCCUCUGAUUGCACUAUUACGUGGACCUCAGGAUAUUCAGCACAUCGCACUUUACAACAUUGUUUCGGUAUGUCUCACAAGACCAGAAGCAUUUGUCAAAUACUCUUCACAUUUUCUAGUUCGCUCUACGGAUCCUCCUCAAGUCUGGGAACUUAAACUGGAGAUUCUAACCCUAAUAUUUCCCCAUGCCGACGCUUACCUGAAGAGUAUCAUCCUCAACGAGCUCGAGCAUUUCUCGAGAGGUUCUGAUAAAGACCUGGUGCGAGAAGCGGUGCGGGCUAUUGGAAGAUGUGCUCAAAGUGAUGCGAGAACCUCAGCGCGCUGUCUGAGUCUGCUUCUCAAGCAAAUAACCAGUCUGGAUGGCAAUUUGGUUGCCGAAUCCUUGACUGUGAUUAGACACCUAAUUCAACAAGAUCCGACGCCUCAUACAAAUACUGUCAUUCGCCUAGCAAAGAAUCUUGACACAGCAACGAACCCUCGAGCUCGAGCAUCUAUUAUUUGGUUAGUUGGAGAGUUCUCUGGAAUUGAUGGCGAGAAUAAUAUUGCACCCGACGUCCUUCGGAUACUAGCAAAGGGGUUCGCAGACGAGGCGGAACCCGCUAAGCUCCAAAUCGUACUGUUGGCGGCUAAAGUAUAUCUGCAUCACCUCAAUCGAUCCGACGUCAAACUCGAGCCUGCUGAAACCGUCUCAUCUCCUGCAAACGAAUUUUCUCAUUCGGGUGGAAACGAGGGAUUUGGCGAGUACAACGAAACUGCAUCGCCAGCUCACCAGCCACCAGAACCGGAAUCAGACCACCCGAUUGUUAUACUAUGGAAGUAUGUUCUCCUACUUGCACGCUAUGACACGUCAUACGACCUACGCGAUCGAACUCGGCUCUACAAGGCUCUACUUGCUGUCCCGUCUUCCACGCAAUUAGCAAGCUUAAUGCUAUUGGCACCUAAGCCGGUUCCUCAUACACCAAGCCCGUCAGAGAGUCGGACAGGCUUUACUCUAGGGUCAGCGAGUCUCGUUGUCGGCGAGGAUGGUGGCUUACAUGGCCUCAAAGGUUAUGAAGCACUGCCAGAUUGGGUGAAAGCUGGUAAAGAGCCCGAUCCCUCACUGAGGGACACCGACACCAGCAAGCAAGAGUAUGAUGAGAAGCGGCUUGUGCCAGCUGGCGAGCGAUUAGAUAGCGCAGCGGGUAAUAUGAGAACUGCGUCGCCGUCCAACGCCAACGGAUUGGGCACCACUGGUGCCAAGGAGAAGACGCUCGACGAUUGGUUGGCAGAGUCUGAGGCCGAAGAAUCUGAAAGCGAAGAGGAAGAAACGGACGAAGAUGCUGAAGAGAGCGAGGAAGAAUCAAGUGGAGAAAAUUCGGAUGCCGAAGAUGACGAAAGCGACGACGAUGAUGAUGUAGCGGAGCAUGAUAGACUCGUCAAAUAG